AUUUUCAUUACAGAGACCACUGUCUACAACACUGAAUGAAGAGUGCGAGUUAUUUUCCUUAGGUUAGUGGGAGAGAGUGUUAUUUUUCUUAGGUUUUAGUCCAAAGGUGGCUGUGAAUUCGGAGCCAUGGCUGCCUUCUCAGUACGCUCUUCACCAUUUCUGGACACUGAAUCACUUUCUCAAUCCUUGUAUAGCUUGGAUUCAGCCGUAAAUCGUUCAUACAUACCAAGCUUCACUAGUAUAGGCUUUUCUCCCCAUAAACUCUCCAUUUUUAGAAAGGAUGGCCUGGUUCUGAGAUCAAAUUCUAGGGUUUCUGCUAGCGCUGAUGGGGCCAGCUCCAAUGGAGUCGCUAUACCAGAUGCUGCUCCUUCGAGAGCGCUGAACAAGGUUCAACGUCACACAAUCUCAGUAUUUGUUGGGGAUGAAAGUGGGAUGAUAAAUCGGAUUGCGGGUGUGUUUGCCAGAAGGGGUUACAAUAUUGACUCUUUGGCAGUUGGUUUGAACUCUGAUAAGGCACUGUUCACCAUAGUUGUUUCUGGUACGGAAAGAGUUUUGCGGCAAGUCACGAAUCAAUUGUAUAAGCUUGUUAACGUUUUGAAGGUGGAAGAUCUCUCUAAGGAGCCUCAAGUAGAGCGUGAGCUGAUGCUUAUAAAGGUCAAUGUAGAUCAUAACAAACGUGCUGAGGUUCUGGGACUAGUAGACAUCUUCAGAGCUCGAGUUGUAGACGUUUCAGAUGAUUUGCUCACUAUUGAGGUGACUGGAGAUCCAGGGAAGAUUGUUGCAGUGGAAAGGAUCUUAAGAAAGUUUGGAAUCAGAGAGAUUGCAAGAACUGGAAAGAUUGCUCUAAGAAGAGAGAAAAUGGGUGCAACUGCCCCUUUCUGGAGAUUCUCAGCUGCAUCUUACCCAGAUAUUGAAGCCAGAAUGCCAGCAGGGCGUUCUCUUGUAAAGAAUUUGAGUGCAAUUGGUGGCAGCUCAGACAUGUCAUCUGGGGGUGAUGUUUAUCCUGUGGAUCCAUAUGAUGAAGAUGGAGAUGUUUGGAUGAAUCAAGUUCUUGAUGCACAUUGGGGUAUUCUUGAUGAUGAAGAUUCUAGUGGCCUGCGAUCUCACACUUUAUCCCUCCUUGUAAACGAUUGCCCUGGGGUUCUUAACAUUGUGACUGGCUGUUUCUCUCGUCGAGGCUACAACAUUCAGAGCCUUGCUGUUGGGCCAUCAGAGAGGGAGGGGAUCUCACGUAUCAUGACUGUUGUUCCUGCAACUGACGAGUCGAUUAGCAAGCUGGUUAGACAAUUGUAUAAACUCAUUGAUGUGCAUGAGGUUCGGGAUAUCACCCAUUUGCCCUUUGCUCAACGAGAAUUGAUGCUCAUAAAGAUUGCUGUGAACACUGCUGCUCGAAGAGAGGUGCUUGAGAUUGCCAGUAUUUUCCGAGCCAAAGCUGUUGACGUAUCGGAUCAUACAAUCACUCUUGAGCUCACAGGAGAUCUUGGCAAAUUGGUUGCUAUACAGAGGCUAUUGGAGCCUUACGGCAUAUGUGAGGUUGCGAGAACAGGCCGGAUUGCUUUGGCUCGUGAAUCAGGAGUAGAUUCCAGAUACCUUCGUGGAUUUUCUAUUCCUUUGUAAUUGGGGAUGAAAUACAAAACAUACUAAAGAGGUCUGUGUGCAUGCUCAUUCGUGUGCAUGAGAGAGAGAGAGAGAGGGAGAGAGAGAGAGAGCACAUAUCUAUGUAUGCAGUGAUGCUUUUGUAGUUUCUUGAGCACAUAUCUAUUUAUGCAGUGAUGCUUUUGUAGUUUCUUGAAUUGGUUUGGUAACUGUGUGCGAUUCCUCAACAGAGAUGUGUUUGAAACAUCAUUGGAAAUUUGAAUGGUUGUUGCAUAGUAAUGUUUC